GUGACGGAGAGUGUCAUAAGCAAAAGAGAGACGAAACCGAAUAGUGGCUGAACUCAGUCUCAGAAUGGAGGACCCAGACAGGGAAGCCAUGGCCACUGCAGUUCAACGAGUAGCUGGGAUGCUGCAGAGACCAGAUCAGUUGGAUAAGGUGGAGCAGUACCGCAGAAGGGAGGCCCGCAAGAAAGCAUCUGUAGAGGCUAGGUUAAAGGCAGCUAUCCAGUCACAGCUUGAUGGGGUGAGGACCGGCUUAAACCAACUUCACAAUGCACUAAAUGAUGUAAAAGACAUCCAGCGGUCCCUUGCAGAUGUGAGCAAAGACUGGAGGCAGAGCAUUAAUACCAUUGAGAGUCUGAAGGACGUGAAGGAUGCCGUGGUCCAGCACAGUCAGCUGGCGGCUGCUGUCGAGAAUCUGAAGAACAUAUUCUCAGUACCGGAAAUUGUGAAGGAGACGCAGGAUUUAAUUGAGCAAGGAGAGCUUUUGGAUGCUCACAAAAAACUAAUGGACCUGGAGUGCUCUCGUGAUGACCUCAUGUAUGAACAGUACCGCAUGGACAGCAAGAACAUACACGACAUGAACCUAAUCAAGAACUACUUUGGGAAAGUGCAGCACCUGUCAGAAGAGUUGGCCAAACAGCUGUGGCUGGUAAUACAAAGGGCAAUAACCACUGUCCGUAAAGAUCCCACCCUGCUUGUGUCGGUAGUCCGAAUUAUUGAGAGGGAGGAAAAGAUUGACCGCCGGAUGAUGGAUCGCAAAAAGCAGACUGGUUUCAUUCCACCUGGAAGACCCAAGAUGUGGAAGGAGAAAAUGUUUGAUGUUCUAGAGAAAACAAUUGUGAGCAGAAUCGAAGGAAGUCAGGCUGACACAAGGGAAUCUGAUAAGAUGUGGUUAGUGCGCCAUUUAGAAAUUAUCCGCCGCUACCUGCUCGAUGACCUCAUAAUCGUGAAGAACUUAAUGGUGCAGUGUUUCCCGCCUCAUUACAACAUUUUCAACAAGGUGUUGGAUUUGUAUCAUCAAGCCCUAUCAUCUCGAAUCCAGGAACUGGCCUCAGAAGAGUUGGAAGCUAAUGAAAUUGUUAGUCUCCUUACUUGGGUUUUAAACACAUAUCAAAGCUCAGAAAUGAUGGGGAAUAUAGAGCUGACGCCAGAGGUAGAUGUGAAGACAAUGAAGCCUCUUCUUUCCCAAGAGGUAGUGGACCAGCUCCUUCACAUGUACAUGGCAACUCUAAGAUCCAACAUUAUUGGCUGGUUGAGAAAGGCCCUGGAGACGGACAAAAAGGAUUGGGACGGUGCUACAGAGCCAGAAGCUGACCAGGAUGGAUAUUAUCAGACCACGCUACCAGCUAUUGUUUUCCAGAUGUUUGAGCAAAAUCUUCAGGUGGCUGCGCAGAUUAGUGAAGACUUGAAAAAAAAGGUUCUUCAUUUGUGCCUCCAACAGAUGAAUACUUUUCUGAACAGGUACGCAGAGGAAGCACAGCUAUAUAAAGAGGAGCAUCUGAGAAACCGCCAGCUUCCUGCGUGUUAUGUCCAGUAUAUGAUCGCCAUCAUCAACAACUGUCAGACUUUUAAGGAAUCAAUUGUCAGUCUGAAAAGGAAAUACUUACGUCACGAUGAGGAUAUGACUAUGACAAGUUCCUUGUCUAUGGACACCAUCCUAGACAACAUUGCCAACGAUGGAUGCAAUAGCCUGUUAGAUGAAGUUUUCAUGGACUUGGAGCAACAUCUGUAUGAUUUAAUGACCAGGAAGUGGCUAGGAGGAUCAAAUUCCGUGGAUACCAUCUGCGUCACCAUAGAAGAUUAUUUUAACGACUUUGCCAGAAUUAAAACCCAUUACAAACAGGAAAUGACAAUUAAAGCCCACAGAAAGGUGGUGACGGAGUACAUUAAAGCAAUAAUGCAGAAACGCAUUUCCUUCAGAAAUGCUGAAGAGCGCAAGGAAGGAGCUGAAAAGAUGAUCAAGGAAGCAGAUCAGUUCAAAUUUCUGUUUAGGCGCCUUGCUUCUGGUUUUGGUGAGGAGACGGAUGGACUCUGUAAUACCAUUAUAGACAUUGCUGAAGUAAUAAAGCUCACAGACCCUUCACUCCUCUACCUGGAAGUCUCCACUCUGGUCUCCAGAUAUCCCGAUCUCAGAGAUGACCACAUAGCCGCUCUUCUUGCCGUUAGAGGGGAUGCCAGCAGGGAGAUGAAGCAAACAAUCAUAGAAACUGUGGAACAGAGUCAGAGGCAGCAAGGCCCAAACUACACACCAAUAUUCAAAGACAUUGUCCCGAGCGCUGCGCUAAGCGUGCCAAAACUCCUCAAGUGAUUACCAGUGCGUACAUCAUCCUGUACUCGGGAUGCUUAGGUCAUUUAGUGUCGAACAAGGAUGACGCUUUCUCUGUUUCGGACUCUGAGGGUGCAGUUGGUAGCUAUAAUUAUAUGUGGUUUGGGCCAUUUAGUUUAUGCAGUGGGCACUUUACAGACUUUCAUUGGGGCAGUAAGUGGGUACUAACACAGAUUUUGUUUUCUCUUGUUACAAUAAUGAUAUAUCAGAUGGUGUAUUACAGGUGUUUUGUCGACAUGUGGGACUUAAAACGAUUUGUGGACUUUUCUGCGUUUUUUUUCUUUUUCCGGGCCACGGAUAUAUCUGUGCAUUCCUAGUAACUGGUUAUCAGUCUAUAUUUGCACAACUGCAAAUUACCCAUUUUAGCAGAAAUUGACAGCAUUGUAGCCACUGAAAAAACAAGGUAAGUGAUAUUACCUCUGUACCUACGAAAAGUACUAAUAAACCCAACGGGCUGGGGGCGAGGGUCUAGGCAUUUUACAGCAUUAAACACCCAUUAUAUUUUGGGCAA